AUGCUGCAGGCCGCUGAGCACUACGGCCUCGAGCACGUUGGAAGGCCGCAGACUGAAGUGACGCCGUCGCAGGCGUUAAUGUCCUCCUUUUACCGCGGCACUCGUCACCCGCUGACGCAGCGGCAACACGACGCACACGCCGCCCAGCACCGCCACGUCACACCGGCGGAAACACGGCAGCUGCUGCAGCUGGAGGAGGAGCUCCACGGCAGCGUCCUCAAACCACUCCUCGCGUGUGUGUCGCCUCAGCCCCGUGCGUGCCGCCCUGACGGUGGUGGUGGUUCUGCAGACGCCGCCCCCCUUGAGGACGGCGAUGUCGAGGCAACAAUGGCAGUGACGGAGCAGUUGCGGUGGGCACACUUCGUGGUGCGUUCCCGCGCGGUAAAUUUGCACCCGCAGCGUCACUACCAGCCUCAGCUUGCGCUGGUGCCGUUCCUCGACAUGCUCAACCACUCCGUGCGGGACGCCAAUGUCACGUACCAGCACCGUCCCGGCGUGGGCGUCGUCGCCGUCGCGUCACGGCCCAUCAAGGCCUCGGAGGAGCUGACGCUCAACUACGGCGACUACAGGCAGCGGGGCUGCCUCUUUUCCCAGCAUCAGCCGUGCAGCUCGGGCGGGGAGAGCACGCGGGCGGUCAUGCACCGCAUCGAAUCACGUCAACUGAGGGAGUGGGAUGAUGCCUCGAGUGACGAUGCCACCGACGACCCUGUGGUGGACGCCCCAUAUGGCCACGGCCUGCAGCAGCAGCAGCAGCAGCAGCAGCGUCACACGUUCGACGAGGGCAGUAGCGAGGAGGCGCGGACGGAGGCGACGUGGCUGUGGCGCUUCGGCUUCCCGCGCAGCGAUGAGGAGAAGGCGUACGUCGCGUCACGGCUGUGGAGCAAGGGCCUGCGGCGACGCAUCGCCCAGCUGACGGACGUGCGCCGGAAGGGGCGGCCUGGUGAGUUUGUCAUUGGGGUGCCAGAGGGGCUGCGGCACCUGCGUGAGCAGCGCGAGAGGCUGGAGCGGGAGCGAUUUGGCGGCGCCACAGUGUUUCCCCCGCAGAACGUGUAA